AUGACGACCAAACAAUUAAACGUUACGGAUAGAAUUCUCCUCCACGGUGUCGAUACCGAACUUUCGGAUGAUUAUAUUAGAAGCGAACUGUUAAAAACUUAUCAAGGUGUUAAACACGUUCAACGAUGGUACCGUAAAGAUAAAGAUAAACAUGAAAAUGAAAUUCCAAAGGAUCUUGUCCAAGUUAAUUUUAUAUCACCAAAAUACACCGAAAGGUUUCUUCAAGAUGGGUUUAUUAACAUAGGUAACCUUCGCUGUCAAGUGGCACCUUUAAAACCAACUAUACGUCUUGAGAACGAAAUUAAAAGUGACAAUGAAUCAGAUUGUCAAUCAGAAAGAUUCACCGAGGAACAACAAGUUACUGAUAAAAUUCUCGUCCACGAUGUUCCUACGCACAUUCCUGAUGAGGAUCUUAAACAAGAACUAUCAAAAAUUUACCGUGGUAUUAGAUAUGUCAAGCGAUGGUACUAUAAAGAUGAGUCAAAAGCUCCAACGGAACGUGUUCAAAUUGAUUUUACAUCAUCAAAACAUACCAAAACUAUUCUUGAAAAUGGUUUCAUUAAUGUUGGCCGGUAUUGUUGGCCCGUGACAGCUUUAAAGCCAAGUAUGUAUCUACGUAACAAGCUCGAAAGUGAUAGUAGAUCAUAUUAUCAACCACAGAUACUCACUGAACAAGAUAUAUUGCACACAUUUGAAGAGCAAAAAAAACAAUUGAACGAUUUGAUGUGUCAUUUUGACGAUCAACUCAACAAGACCGUUCGUCUUCUGUGCAAGGAUGCCCAUGACUCAUCAUCUGGCUAA